CACUUUAAGGCUGGAGGCGCGGAGAGGCUCGGGCUGACCCAUCGUGGAGGUGGGAUUUCGAGUGGUAGUGGGAACCGAGACUGCCGACGGUGCCAGGGCCUGUCAAGGUGACAAAGUCGUCUCCCGAUUCUUCCUCCAUAAGGAGUCCUGGAAUUGGAAACCGAGGGUCUGGGCCCUUUGCCACUAAUUAUCUGUGUGAUCUCGGACAAGUCGUUUGCCUUCUCCCGACCCCCGGGUCCUCUCCUCGGCAAAAUGAGCCGAGGGACCCGAUGGUCUCGGCGCUCCCUUCUCGCCCUACGGCUUAGUGAGCCUCAUCAGAUCCUGUCAUCCUGACGCGGAAGGCCCUCUCCAGCAGCCGCCCCUGCCUGUGGUUCCGACAUGUCUUUCCUCUGGAGACUGUGCCAGACUUACAGGAGUUGGUCUGGACCUAUCGGAAAGGCAACCACACCACCACUGGGCUCCCUCAACCGAUACCUGACGCUGAGCACGCAGAAGAGAACUUCAGAUUUCAAUAGUUUUGUUGUCCGGACUAAUACUUGUGGAGAAUUGCGUUCUUCUCACUUGGGCCAAGAGGUCACCUUGUGUGGAUGGAUUCAGUACAGAAGGCAAAGCCUUUUCCUGAUCCUGAGAGAUUUCCAUGGGCUCAUUCAAGUCGUCAUUCCCCAAGAUGAGUCAGCUGCCUCUGUGAAGAAGCUAUUAUGCGAAGCUCCCAUAGAAUCUGUUGUUCAGGUCACUGGAACUGUUAUCUCUCGACCUGCAGGACAGGAAAAUCCAAAAAUGCCAACAGGUGAAAUUGAAAUCAAAGUGAAAACAGCUGAACUUUUGAAUUCCUGCAAGAAGCUGCCCUUUGAAAUUAAGGACUUUAUGAAGAAAACAGAAGCUCUCCGUAUGAAAUAUCGCUACUUAGACUUACGUAGUUCCCAAAUGCAGUAUAAUCUGAGACUGAGAUCCCAGAUGGUCAUGAAAAUGCGGGAAUACCUCUGCAAUCUACAUGGAUUUGUGGAUAUUGAAACACCAACAUUAUUUAAGAAAACUCCAGGGGGUGCAAAAGAAUUUGUGGUACCAUCAAGGGAACCUGGAAAGUUUUAUUCGCUUCCUCAGAGUCCUCAACAGUUCAAGCAGCUUUUGAUGGUUGGAGGUUUUGACAGAUACUUCCAAAUUGCCCGUUGUUAUCGAGAUGAAGGUUCUAGGCCAGAAAGGCAGCCUGAAUUUACUCAGGUUGACAUAGAGAUGUCUUUUGUAGACCAGGCUGGGAUCCAGAAAUUAAUCGAGGGUUUGCUUCAGUAUUCAUGGCCUAAAGACAAAAACCCUCUUACUAUUCCUUUCCCUUCUAUGACUUACGCUGAGGCUUUGGACUCAUAUGGGACUGAUAAACCAGAUACUCGCUUUGGAAUGAAGAUUGUUGAUGUCAGUGACAUAUUUAGGAACACAGAGAUUGAAUUUCUUCAAGAUGUGCUUAAGGAGCCUGACGGUGCCAUCAGAGCCAUUUGUAUUCCUGGAGGAGCAAAAUAUUUGAAAAGUAAAGACUUUGAGGCCUUUAAGAAGUUUGCUGUUAACCAUUUUAAUCAGGAGGUUUCACCCUUAUUUUUGAAGACCAGUGGAAGCGGGACGUCUCCACUUACUAAACUCUUAAGGGAAGAGGAGAAAUCAGCCCUAAUCAGUCUAAUGAAGGUCCAGGAGGAAGAUGUGCUCCUGUUAACUGCUGGAGACCACAAGAAGGCGUGUUCUGUGUUAGGAAAAUUACGCCUGGAAUGUGCUGACCUUCUAGAGGCCAGAGGAAUAGUGCUUCGUGACCCAGCUGUGUUCCACUUCCUUUGGGUGGUAGAAUUUCCACUCUUCCUUCCUAAGGAGGAGGAUCCCAGAGAACUAGAGUCAGCCCAUCAUCCCUUCACUGCUCCUCACCCGGGUGACAUCCACCUCCUCUACACUGAGCCAGAAAAGGUUCGAAGCCAACAUUAUGAUUUAGUGCUGAAUGGCAGUGAGAUAGGAGGUGGCUCUAUCCGAAUUCACAAUGCAGAGCAGCAACAGUAUGUUCUGGAAGCUGUGUUAAAGGAGGAUGUUAAACUACUCUCUCACCUACUUCAGGCUUUAGAUUUUGGGGCUCCCCCCCACGGAGGAAUUGCUUUAGGGCUAGACAGACUGGUGUGCCUUGUUGCUGGAGCACCAAGCAUAAGAGAUGUCAUUGCCUUUCCAAAGUCCUUCCGGGGACAUGACCUGAUGAGCAGUGCCCCAGAUUACGUGUCUCCUGAAGAUAUAGAGCCCUACCACAUCCAGGUCAAGAGGCCAGAAGUCACAGACAGAAAAGAUGUCAGGUCUGUCAUCUGUGAAACUGAGUCUUCAGAAGAGUCGGGCCUUCUGAGCCUCACCAAGACUAAGAAUCCCUAGGAGAAGUUGGCCUUAGGCCAAACUCCUGAGCUUUUGGAAAGAAGGAAGUCCAGCAAAUACCCAGAUAACCAAUGAAGAAGGAAUGGAACAUAUGGAAGGUGUCUCCUUUUCUCUCAGAACACACUGGGCAUCACAGACUGAAAGAUUCUAUGCUCAUUGGAUGGCAAGAUUGGGUGAAAAAGGCUAAGAUGUGUCAUGGCUUCACGCCUACUAAUCGUGGUCCUCCAUAGCGCCCAGGCACUACCCACUAGUGCAUGCUUUGGAGCAAAAUGAUCAAAAUUGUGUCAGGGGUGGAAAAUGCUGCAGUUACUGGUCAGACAGUUGAGUCUUAUCACCCUGGUAGAACUGGCUGUAUUGUAAUGUUUUACUUUCAGUGUGGGGGAGGAGACUGAGCACCAGGCAAGAAAUAAGUCAGGAGGCCCAGCUCUUAGGUCCAGGUGUCCCUAGAUCAUCUCACCUCUCUCAGCCUCAGUGUCUUUAUCUGCAAACUAAUCAUGAUAUCACUUACUCACCUAUCUCACAAGAUGGUUGUGAGAAUUAAAUGAGAUAAUAUCUAUUGAAAAAUUGAAGUGCAAUGCAUCUAUCGGGUGCCAUUAUUAACUACCAAAAAUAUAUACAUAGAAGCAGCUGAUAAGUUGUACACUAUGACUAAAGCCCAAGCAAAGACUAAUGCCAACAGAUUUAUAAAUCAGCUGUUCAUGUUGUUUUAAAGAAUAGUAAUUUAAUCAUUAAAUGUGAUCCUUGACACUAUUUAGAAGAACCAAUAAAUGACAGUACUAAUUAAGAUGUGUAUGGCAUAGUAGAAAGAGCACAAGGUGCUAGUUCUGACUGCCAUACCACCUGUGUGACAUUGGGUAAGUCACUUAACUUCAACAAUCAGCUACAAUUCCUUAAUUGCCCAUCUCAGAAGAUGAGGAAAACAUUUCAUGACCUAUAAAGUGCUAUAUAAAUGUGACCUUAAUGAUACUAAUGAAGCAGAAGAAGAUUGGUUCAGUUAAUUGAUUAGAGUUGACAACAGAAAUACAAACAGGAAUAUGAUUAAUUAAAUUUCCCUGACAUCUUAAAUGUGCUAUAUUCAUUUGUUCCAGGAUUUUUAAAUAGUUUAAUGUACCUGGCUGUUUUUCAUUAGGUUAUAGGUGAGAGAUGUAAAUCUUGGGCCUAAAUUCAGCUAAAGAUAUUUUUUUUUGGUGAAUAAAAUUUGUCUUCGAUUA